UUAGGUGCUUGGUCUUAGGGCCGCCUCCAUUAUACUAGUUUCUCACUCCUACACAUCCAUUUGUCACAGCUUCCCGUCUGUAGGCCGCAUCGCUACUUCCUCUCGUCUUCUGCCCUUCGCACGUGUCGACACGGCAUCGUUGCAAUCCCCCCCACCAGCGAUCCGCCUCAGUUCCGUCGAUACCUCUCACUCCUCACCACGAUUGCCGUCAUUCUAUCGUCAUUCCAUAGCACCUUGACAGAUUCUGCUGACUAGCUUCAUUGAAUUCCGUCGGGUCAUGUCAGAUCCUACAUCUGGCGUCACCAUGACGUCGUCACCCCCCUCGCAUCCAGAUUCCUCGUUAGACGCACCUUCGCUUGACGUCACCCGGUUGAAUCUCACACGAAGCAGCAGCGGCGGGACGAGCGGCAGAGGCGGGGGAGCCGGACACGCGUCGUCGUUUCGUUCGCUGAAGCCCCUGGAUCUGAGGAGCGACGAGUCGCGGAGCGCGGCGAUCCCGCUGGGCCCGGAGGGCGCGGUGUUCCACGGGCGCCUUGACAACGGCGUGUCUUACUACGUGCGCCGCAAUGGCAAGCCGCAGAAUCGCGCCGCGCUGGCGCUGGCGAUCCGCGUGGGUUCCCUAGUGGAGCAGGAGGAGGAGCGGGGCGUGGCGCACAUUUUGGAGCACCUGGCGUUCAGCGCGACGCGGCGCUACAGCAACCACGACAUCGUGCGCUUCCUAGAGAGCAUCGGCGCGGAGUUCGGCGCGUGCCAGAACGCGUACACGUCCGCCGACGAGACGGUGUUCGAGCUGCAGCUGCCCGUGGACAAGCCCGAGCUGCUGCCGCACGCCGUCUCCGUCCUUGCUGACUUCGCCAGCGAUAUCCGCAUAUCAUCGGAGGACGUGGAGAAGGAGAGGGGCGCGGUGAUGGAGGAGUGGAGGGAGAGGCGGGGCGCCAUGGGGCGCAUGCAGGACGCGCACUGGCAGCUGCUCAUGAAGGGCAGCAAGUAUGCAGAGCGGCUGCCCAUUGGCCUGGAGAGUGUGAUCCGCGGCGUGCCAGCGGCCACCGUGAGGCGCUUCUACCACACGUGGUACCACCCCGCCAACAUGGCCGUGGUUGCUGUGGGGGACUUCCCCGAUGCGCAGGCAGUCAUUGCGCUCCUUGAGGAGCACUUCGCCCCCAAGCUGCCCCUCUCGCCCUCCUCCCUGCCCGCCGUACCCGAGGAGCCCUUUCAGCCGCACUCUGACCCGCGCUUCUCUGUGUUCGUCGAGCGCGAGGCGGGCGGGUCGGCAGUGAUGGUGUCGUGCAAGGCCGCAAUUCACCCCAUGGUGACGCCCGCCGACUACCGCCUCUACCUGGUGGAGGAGCUCUUCCAGGCGGCCCUCUCGCACCGCCUCUUCCUUCUCUCGCGGCGCCCCGACCCGCCCUUCUAUGCCGCCGCCGCCACCGUGGAGGCGCUUGUCAAGUCCACGCGCUCAUUCUCCCUGAGCGCCAGCUGUCAAGACAAGGGCACGCUCAAGGCGCUGGAGGCGCUGUGGAUGGAGGUGGCGCGCGUGCAGGUGCACGGCAUCUCGGACAGGGAGCUGGCCAUGGCGCGGGUGCAGUAUCUGGCGGACAUAGAGUCGGCGUAUGUGGAGCGCGAGCAGACGUACAGCGAGUCGCUGAGGGACGAGUACCUGCAGCACUUCCUGCGGGACGAGCCGUCGCCCGGCAUCGAGUACGAGGCGCGCCUGGCCAAGGCUUUGUUGCCAGGGAUCACAGCAGCAGAAGUAGCAGCGGUGGCAUCCAACAUCUCCCCCAGCAACAGCUGCGUGGUCAAGAUAGUGGAGCCGAGAGCGCAGGCCACAGUAGAGGCGAUCAGAGGGGUGAUUGACCGCGUUAUGCAAGCCAAGGAAGCCACACUGCUGGCUGCUGCCGCUGCUGCUGAGAGGAUGGGAGAGGGAGAGGGGGAGGAGGCGGCAGGAGCGGUGGAGAGUGGUGGGGAGGCAGGACAGGAGGGGGAGGAAGUGAGGGAUGUGGAAGGGGAAGGUGCGGGGGCGGCAGCUAAGGAGGAGGGAGAAGCGUCAGAGUCCAAAGCAGAGUUGGCAGAGGCAGUGGUUGGUGCGGAUGCCGCAGCCAUGCCAGGAACAGCAGCAGCAACUGCAGUAGCAACCACAGCAGCAGUAGCAGCAGCAGCAGCAGCGGGGGGGGAUGGAGCAACAGUGGCGCUGAUAGAGCCAUGGACGCUGGACGACAUCCCUGAGAGCAUCGUGCAGACGCCUCCUGUCCCGGGGGAGGUGCAGGAGCAGCGGGAGUACCCGGGCGUGGGGGUCACAGAGCUGCGGCUGUCCAACGGCAUGCGGGUGGCCAUCAAGUGCACUGACUUCCUCGAUGACCAGAUCCUGAUAUCGGGUUACGCAUACGGAGGUCUCUCCGAAGUGCCCUAUGCACAAUACCACACAGCGGCCAUGGCGCAGACCAUCGCCGGGGAGGUCGGCAUAUUCGGCCACCCGCCAGCUGUCAUGGCGGAGCUGCUGGCCGGCAAGCGCGUGGAGGUGGGCGGCAAGCUCUCGUCCUACAUGCGCGUGUUCUCGGGGGAGUGCUCGCCUGAUGACCUCGAGACGGCCCUGCAGCUGGUGUACCAGCUGUUCACGUGCCGCAUCACAGCGGAGCAGAAGGACGUGGCGCUGAUCAUGCAGAUGACGCGCGAGGCUGUCAGGGCGCAGAGGCGGGACCCCUUCACGGCGUUUGCCAACCGCGUGCGGGAGAUCAGCUACGGCAGCAGCUACCAGUUCAAGCCAAUCACAGAGGCGGAUUUGAGGCGGGUGGAUUUCAAGCGGGCGUGUGAGUACUUGGAGAGGGCGUUCAAGGACCCCACGCCCUUCACCGUGGUCAUCGUGGGCAACACCCGCCUCGCUGCUGCCCUUCCACUCAUACAACAAUACCUGGGUGGCAUCCCAGUGCCCCCACCAGAUGACGCCAUGCCUCGCUACGAGCGCGACUCACUCACACCGCUGCCAUUCAAAUUCCCUGACACACUCAUCAGGGAGGAGGUGCGGCGAGUGAUGGUGGAGGCGCAGGGCUCCACGCAGAUCACCUUUCCCCUCGACAUCCAUGCUGGACCUAAAGUGGUGGAGGAGACCAUGUGGGUGGGCUUCCUCACGAAGCUCCUAGAGACGCGCAUCAUGCAGCUGCUGCGCUUCAAGCACGGCCAGAUCUACACCGUCGCAGCGUCUUCCUUCCUGGGCGGGGCGCGCCCCUCUCGCGAGGGUGGCGUGAGGGGCGACCUGGCAGUUGCGUUCUCCUGCGACCCCAAAUCCGCGUGGUCGCUGGUGGACCUGAGUGUGGCGGAGAUGGAUCGCCUGCAGCGGGAGGGUCCGUCGGAGGAGGAUGUGUCAACGGCGCGGGAGUUGGAGCAGCGCGCGCACGAGAUGGGGCUGCAGGAGAACGGCUUUUGGCUCGACCGCGUGGUGCGCGCGUACCAGACGCGGCUCUAUGAUGGCAACGUUGACCACUCGUUCCAGGCACUGGAAGAUAUUCGUCUGACUCUCAUCAGCCAGCUCAGCGCUGACUCGGUCCGUGUCAUGCUGACUCAGCUACUACCAAUGCCGUGCUCAAAGCAGUACACUGCGGUCAGCCUUGUCCCCACGCAGCCUCUCUGGCGUCGCCUCCUGUCCCUGCCGCCCAAGCAGCACCCAGGCCUCACGUCAGAAUCCAAGGCACUGCUCGCGGUGCUGGCUGCUGCCGCCAUUGGUGUGGUCGUGUGGCGGUGCAGGCCGAGGCAUUAACACCAGAGAGGACAGCGUAUGACACCACUUGGCAGUACCUGGCCGAAAUUUGUUUUGUCGAACAAGGGAUAUAUGUACCUGAUUUUGACAUGGAUUUCAAGUGAAUAUGGAAAGCUUUUCCCGCCUUAUGUGUUGUAGGGUGUACAGUCCGGUGCUUGGUUCAGGAGCAGGCCCCAAGAUUCGUUUUUAGGCACGCUGAUUUAUCAUCCUUGCCCCCCAUACUUAGGCUGAUUUCUCAGCCCCCCCCUGGAAAAAAAGGCUGAAUGUUAC